AUGAAGCUAGAUGAUGCCCUUUGGGCAUAUAGGACAGCUUUCAAAACACCAAUUGGAAUGUCUCCUUACCAACUAGUAUAUGGAAAAGCUUGCCAUUUGCCACUGGAGUUGGAACACAAGGCAUUCUGGGCCUUGAAACUCUUGAACUUAGACAGCAAAGCUGCUGGAGAAAGAAGGAUGUUGCAAAUUCAAGAGUUGGAAGAAUUCAGAGCUGAAGCUUAUGAGAAUGCCAAAAUUUACAAAGAAAGAGCAAAGAAGAAGCAUGACAUCGACAUAGCCCCAAGGAAAUUUGAAGAGGGACAAAAAGUAUUGCUCUACAAUUCUAGGCUGAAGCUAUUCCCAGGGAAGCUAAAAUCAAGGUGGUCUGGACCAUUCCUUGUCACCAAGGUCUCCCAAUAUGGACAAGUAGAAAUCAUGGAAGAAAAGUCACAACGAACCUUCACUGUGAAUGGUCAAAGACUCAAACAUUACUUGGGAGAUGUGGAUGAAAAGGACAAGGUUAAAUAUCACCUCAACUGA